AUGCAUUCCAAUAUGCUGCUUCAUUCAUUGGCUGCAGGAUCUUUGCUUUCUGUCUUUAUUGUCACAAUCCUCAAUGGUCUUGCAUAUGGGGAAGUCCGAUCCUUGCCAUCCUCCAACCCGGCCACUGAUCUGGCCCCGGUUAGCUUGAGCGUUGUGAGCUUUCUGGCAUUGAUUAUGCUCACUCUCCUGGUACAACAAGAAAUCACUCAGAAUCGCGCAUUGCCUCGCUGGAAAAUCGGCAUUUUAUUUCUGGCAAUUGCGUAUCUGAUCAUCGCCGCGGCAUCCACGGCAGGCUCCAUGGCCGCCGAUCACACCAACACAAAGUCAUCUCUGUGGAUUGCACGAUCAGUCUUCUGGGGGAUCUCUGUUUUCACAGAAGGCUCCUUCUGUGGUUCUCUUCUGAUAAUUGCCUUCCAACCUCAAUCUGAUGUUCUUCGAUGGCCCCAUUCCUACAAUCUCUCCCAAGAGCUUAAGACUCUCCCCGAAACACCCACUACAGUGGCACCUCCCGCCCCAGCGAUCUGUGAUUCAUACCCUGAAUUACCCCAAUUUGAUACCCGCCGUGGAUCUCUUCGCAAGUAUCCUCGACGUUCCAAUCGUUACUCGGAUGGGACAUUAAGCCUCGAACCAUCCACGAAUAAGCAUGGCUCUGUGGACACGACAUCCACCACAUCACGGAGCAGUCAAGAACGUUCAGACCCAGAGCAGCAUCUCCAACUACCAUCUCCUUCCGAAAGAGAUAAUCGUCCAUUACUACGAGGUAGUGGCAGUGUGCGUAGUAUGCCGAGUCUCCGCCGAGAACCGUCCCUGCAUUUACACCAAUCCCUGGACAAUCUGGUCCAAGUAUCACCCACAGCGUCUACAUUGAAUCUCGAUUCCCCAACAGGAUCCACGGAAUGUCUGGCGUCGCGAGAACAGAACAUCCAUCCUCUCUUUCGUUCCACAAGUCCUUGUCCCUCCCCGACCCCGAGCCCCGGGACGAGGGUUAAGGCGUCCCCGUCUGCCGGACAGACGAUCACACAUAAGACGGUGACGCGAAUGCGAUCCGCACGAUCAUUACGGGAGACGCGACGGAGUGCGUCACCAUUUUUAAGUGAAGAAGAAAUUGUGGAAGCGAAGGAUUAUGCUCAGAUGGGAUUUAUCCAUGCCGGGCAUGUCCGGCGUAGUAUCACGCAAUAUGAAAAACGAUAUGAUUUGCACGACUGCCCUGAAGAGUGA